UUCUCAUUAUUAUGUUGGGAAACUUAAAAUUCUUCAACUUUUCAAAAUUAAAUAAGAAACAAAGCUUUUUUUCUCUCUCAAUAAAAUCAUUACCAAAAGAUGAAAGGAAUAGAUAUAUUCUUUGCAUCCCAAGCUUCAACAGCCAUAUGCUCAAGAAUGGAAAUUGAGCAAGCCUCCUCUUCCUCCUCCUCCUCUUUCCCGCCCUCGCCUUCCAUUGAGCUCGGUGGCCGUGCUCUCGAUCGCCACAACCCGAUCAUCUGUGAUGCAAGAAGAAACAGCACUGCCACCAACACUCUAUUAACGCCUCCUCGCGAUUUCUCUCGGCCUCCGAUCAGUCCCCAUCCUCACUAUCAACUCACAAAGAGCAAGAAGUCCUCUUCUAAGGGCAACAGAAAAACCAAUACCAAAAUCCCAUCAGUGAAACAAGAAAAUGAAAAGAAAGAAAGUAGUGAUAUUUUGAAGAAGAGCUCCUUCAUUCCCACUGAUAUUGUUACUAGGAGCUUUGCUAAGCUGAGUGAUCUAGUCGCUCCUCCGCCCCCGCCACCGGCUGGCUCCUCUAGAUACCUACUUGAAAGUGAUACCGACACACAUUCACAAUUCUUCAACAGGCUGCCCGAGAUCGACCCUGUUUAUGAUAUCGUCCCGGUUGAAGAAUACAAAGAUGUCAAAACUGAUGUAGUUCAAGAUCAGUCUACUUCAUCAACAACUCAAGCACCACUGUCUCAGCAGCCAAAUCCAACUCCUACCAAACAGGUUGUGGUGUUGAUGGUGUCACUGCACUGUAAAGGUUGUGAAGGAAAAGUCAGGAAACAUCUUUCAAAAAUGCAAGCAGGAGUGACAUCCUUCAACAUAGACUAUGCAGCCAAAAAAGUGACCAUAGAAGGAGAUGUAACGCCGGUGGGCGUGUUGGCGAGCGUAUCAAAGCUGAAGCAUGCCAAGUUUUGGACUUCUCAACCGCCAACCCCGCCACCGCCACCGCCACAGUCACCGCCAUCCACCUCGUUGACUGUGGCUUCAGCAUCAGCCACCACAGAAAUGCCAGAAAACCAGCUUGAUUAAUCACAUCUUAUGACUGAAAAAUGUUUGAAUUUAGUGUACAUCUGGUAUAAAAAGUUGGGAUUUUGGAGCAUGCUGUUGACAGUUUCAAGUUAAUUCUCUUUUCCUUUGCUGCUUUUUAAGUUUUGGGGUUUCAGUAAGGAAGGAAAAGAGUGGCAUCUUUGAGCAAAAUUAUUGGGAAAAAGACCAUUGAAAUAUUUUAAAGAAGGGGAAUUGGAUUCCCCAUGGUUUUGGUGUAAUACAAUACAGCCAUGCCUUAUUGAUUCCCAAAGCCUUUAUUAUCUGAUGAGAUUUGUCUUCUCCAAAAAUAUUCCACA